AUUUAUGGAAAUCGCUUGAAAACUCGGAACUCCUAAAUAAAAAUAAAGAUACAAAAAAAAUCCUUGACUGUUGACAAUUGACAGUAUUCCUCCAAUUGAAGCGGUUUCUCAGUUCUCCAUUGAAGCGGCUUCUGAGCUUUUUCUCGAAGCGGCUCUGAGGUAGGUUUACAGCCAUAAUGGUGGAGUUGGCAGCUGAGAAGCAUGUCCGAUAUGUCUUAUCUGUCGAGAAGAAAAAGGACGGAUUUGAAUCGGUGGUCAUGGAGCACCUUAGGAUGAAUGGUGCUUACUGGGGACUGACAACAUUGGAUCUUUUGGGAAAGCUUCAAGUCGUGGAUCAAGAACAAGUUAUUUCAUGGCUGAUGCAGUGUCAACAUGAGUCUGGUGGAUUCGGUGGUAAUAUCGGACAUGAUCCACAUAUUCUUUAUACUCUCAGUGCUGUUCAAGUUCUAGCUCUGUUUGAUAAGAUACAUAUUCUUGACGUUGCUAAGGUGACAAAAUAUAUCAUGCAGUUGCAGAAUGAGGAUGGAUCGUUUUCAGGAGACAUCUGGGGAGAAGUGGAUACCAGAUUUUCAUAUAUUGCAAUUUGUUGUCUGUCAUUGCUACAUCAAUUGGACAAAAUUGAUGUGGAGAAGGCUGUGAACUACAUUGUAAGGUGCAAAAACCUAGAUGGGGGAUUUGGAUGCACGCCUGGUGGGGAAUCACAUGCAGGACAAAUUUUUUGCUGUGUUGGUGCUCUUGCUAUAACGGGCGCUCUGCAUCAUGUUGACAAGGACCUUCUUGGUUGGUGGUUGUGUGAGCGCCAAGUGAAGUCAGGAGGUCUAAAUGGUCGACCAGAGAAGCUUCCAGAUGUCUGCUACUCAUGGUGGGUACUGUCUAGUUUGAUUAUGAUCGACAGAGUACACUGGAUUGACAAAGAAAAGCUUGUUGAAUUUAUCUUAGACUGCCAGGAUUUAGAGAAAGGAGGUAUCUCAGAUAGGCCAGAUGACGCUGUCGAUGUUUUCCACACUUACUUCGGAGUUGCAGGUCUGUCACUUCUUGAGUAUCCUGGAGUGAAAGCUGUAGAUCCUGCCUAUGCAUUACCAGUUGAUGUGGUGAAUAAGAUUCUAAUAAGCUCGUAACAAAACCAUCCUUUGAUAUGUUGGAGCUAUGUCUGAUUGGCUCUGUGAGUAGACUAGACUUGCACGUCGAGUUUUCUUUCUGUAUACUGAGAGAAUUAUAGCCUGUAAAAUUGAUGAAAUUCGAGAAGAUAACAAAUUGCGGUGAACUAUAUUGUUGUUUUAUCAUAGUUAAACCUUUUAUCAAUUGGCUUUCGCUAA